AUGCUGGCAGCUCCCAGUUUUCUUGCGCCUGGCGCAACCCCUGCUCGGCAAUCAGGAUUGUCGCACGCACAGCUGCAGCCUCGGGUGUCGUCGAGCUCAGCAUUUUCCAGCAUCCCAGUUGCAACGGUCGCCUCGAGUGCCGUUUUGGCAGUUGCUGCCCGCAGUGCCACCAAGCAGACUAGCAAGACCGUCCGAAAUUUUUUCGGUGACAGCGGCAGCACCAGCUAUGCCAGCUUCGAUCCUGCAACAGAGCUGGGAGUCCAG